CUGUCACACUCUCUCUCUCCUCUUUCUUCCAUUUUCCUUUUCUCUUAUCACUUCAAUUCCGCCCUUAACCCCAGAUUUCAUUCUUCUUUUUUUCUCUCUCUUAUUUCUCUCUCUUCUCCCAACACACACAACGCAAAAAGGAAAAAAAAAAAAGAAGAAACCCACCAAAAAAAAUUAUUCCUUUCUUCUUAUUUCUCUCUGGUUUCUAGGAAACCCUAAUUUAAAACCGCGGUAAAUUAAGGGACCAUCGUCGUGUAAAGUUAGCUUCUGUACAGAAGGGGCCGUCUUGGAUGAGAUUGAGGCGAGGCGGCGCAAAGAGGAGGAAGAAACAUCAGCGAGGUUAGAGGAUAAACCAGUAUUUGAUGCCGCCGGAGCAUCUGCCGUGGGAUCGAAGGGAUUUUCGCAAGCACGAUAGAUCCAGCUCCGACCGGCGUUUUACAGGCGGUGGAGGAGGACGGGGAGGAUUCGGCGGUGGGGACCACAGAUGGAGGGAGCAGCAGCAUCACCCGCACGCGCCGCCGCACCCACCGCCUUACCACCACCACCGCAGCAAUCCGCAGCAGCAGCGUUGGUAUUCGGAUUUCCGCUCCUCUCGCCCCAUCCCAUCCGGUCAUGGUAAGCAGGGUGGUUGGGGAAUGCAUCCCGAUGAGGCUGGUCGUGGAUUUUCGCCUUUUGGGUCAAGGUACGGUGACAGAAACUUAGAAGAUGACAAUUUCAGACCUUUUGGGUCACGCGGUGAAGGGAGGUAUUUUAGGAAUAGUAGGGAAAAUAGAGGGUCCUUUAGCCAGAAGGAUUGGAAGUCUCCCUCCUGGGAACCACCGGUUGCAUCGUCUGGUGGUUCAGGGAAAUUGAACGACGAUUUGAGCAAUCAGAAAUCUGUAGAGAAUGCCCAAACAUGCCCAAGCAACAGCAACAGGGUUAACAACUCCGAGAAUGCAGAAACAUAUCAUCACAACAUUAGUAAGGGCAAUGGCCCCGAGAAUAUCGAAAACAACAGUAAGGGCAACAACUCCCAUCUUCCUCCUCCGGAUUCCAUUUACAGCCAACCUCAAACCGUCUUAAAAGAGAAGAAUGAGAAGGAUGGGGGCACUCGCGAUGAACCUGCCAGCUCAGUUCAGAAAUCCGACAAAGAAAAUGCCGUGGGAUCGAUGGACUGGAAGCUGAAAUGGAACCGAUCAGGGAACUUGUCCUCAAGGGGCUCUGGUUUAAGCCGUUCAAGUAACUCCAAGAGUACUGCAGUGGGUUCUGUCGAGAAAAUUGCAGAUGUGCAGCUGAAGAAUACGGCGCCUGUUGACACACCUGCUGCUGUUUGUGUGGAGCCCACUGCUCGAGCUCCAUCUGACGACACUGGCUCAAGGAAGAAGCCUCGCCUUGGCUGGGGCGAGGGUCUUGCAAAGUAUGAGAAGAAAAAAGUUGAUGGUCCUGAAGAUGGUGUUUCGAAAGAUUUUGUGGCUAACAGUGUCAGCACGACGGAAGCUAUGCAGUUUACUUCUGUUGAUGUGCUUCAUAAGAGUCCCAAAGCCGUAGAUGUGUUAGAUUGUGCCUCACCAGCGACUCCGUCUUCGGUUGGUUGUAGUUCUUCACCAGGUGUUUCAUUGAUCCCCGAUUUACUCUACACACUUUCAAAUUUGCCAAAGGCUAGACUUCUGAGGGCUUUAGGGCCAGACUUCAGAGGUCUAACUCUAAGAUCCAUGUCUAAUAGGACAAAUAUAAUUGUACUGUUCUUCAUCGAGUAUCCAGUUUCAGUUAAUAUGAAGUGUCUAGUCAAGCAAGGCUCCCUAUUUCUUGCUAUGCCAAUUGAGGCUUCAGAGAAUUUGAGUGUUGUUUCUGCUAUAAAAUUCUGUGGGCUGACCUGUAUUGAGGAGAAAGAAUCCAUCAAGGCAGUAAAAAUCGAUCAUGAUCCUGCUAAUGUAAGCUUUUCACCUAGUAUUAUGUCCCAGAUUCAUUGCGAGGAACCGACUUUCAAUCUGGAAAAUUUGGAUCUUGCAUCUAUUGCCAAACUGAGCUCAUUAAUUAAUGGGAUGUUGCAACCGGAUGAUCCGGCCUCUCUGGAAACAGGCCAUGUACGAGCCACCUCGAUGAAUAAAUUGUUAGCAUGGAAGGUCACUGUAUUAAAAGCACUUGAGGUGACGGAAUCUGAGAUAGAUGUGCUCGAGACUGAAUUCAAGUCACUGGUAACUGAACCUGGAAGUUGCUGUUCUCAGCCAGCAGCUUCUAGCUUGCUCCCAAGAGAGUGCCAUUCAAAUUCUUAUGAGCAAGUAACUGUCUCUAGCUCUGUUAAACCUUCUUUGCAAGUGGUCCCAUCUGGAGACAUGAUUGUUGAGAGUCCUCCAGCCGAUGAUGAAGAUAGUAUGAGUGACGAAGAUGAAGAUGAUAUGAGUGAUGAAUAUGAAGAUAGUGCGAGUGAUGAAGAUGAAGAUCUUACUGGUGUUGGCAGUAUGUAUUUUGACUAUCAUCAUAUUUAUGAGGAUAUAUUGGCUUCGAACAAGGUUUCUGCAAACAGGGCCCUGGAGGAGUUGAAUAAGUUAUUGCCUACUCAACAGUUUCCAUUAGAUGUGUUGGCUGCUGCAAGUGUAUCUUCUUUACAAGAGGAUACCUCAGUAAUCAAGCAUAGGUUUCUGAUGAGGAAGCGGUCUCUCAUGUUCAAGGAGAAGGUUCUUGCUCUCAAGUUUAAGGUAUUUCAGCAUUUCUGGCGAGAAGGUCGUGUAGUUUCUGCUAGUAAACUUCGAGGGAAGUCUCACAAGAAGUUGGAUCUGUCUCGGACUGGGUUCAAGAAGAAUCGUUCGUCCAAUCGCUCUAGAUUAUCUUAUUCUGUUGGAAGCUCUCAUAAAGUGCCUGCCGAAGAAGUAAUUGAGUUUAUCACCGAGUUGCUUAGAGAGUCACAGAUGAAGCCCUGCAGGAGUACUCUGAAAAUGCCGGCAAUGAUUUUGGACAAGGGGAUAAAAAUGUCAAGGUUUGUCUCGAAUAAUGCUAUUGUGGAAGAUCCUUGUGCUGCUGAACGAGAGAGGUCAAUAAUCAAUCCCUGGACCCCUGACGAGACGGAGAUAUUUAUUGACAAGCUCUCUAUUUUCGGGAAAGAUUUCAGCAAGAUUGCAUCCUUCCUGGAACGUAAGACUGUGGCAGAUUGCGUCGAGUUUUACUAUAAGAACCACAAAUCAGAAAGCUUUCAGAGAGCUAAGCCAGGUGUAACAAAGCAGAGCAAGUCCCAGCCCACCACAUACUUGGUCGCUAAUGGGAAAAGAUGGAAUCGUGAAGCAAAUGCUGCAUCUCUUGAUGUACUUGGUGAAGCCUCCAUGAUUGCAGCUAAUGUGAUAGAAACUCAGCAGAAGAAAUGUGCACCGUCGAGGAUCUUUCUUGGAGAAUCUCGUUCUCAAAAGGCACCACCACCUAGGAUUUUUCAUGGUCCAUUGGAGAGAUCAAACAGUCUGGAUAAUAAUGAUGCCGUAGCUGCUGAUGUCUUGGCGGGUAUUUGUGGUUCACUAUCUUCAGGGGAGGCUAUGGGUUCCUGCAUCACAAGUUCAGUUGACCCAACUGAUGGUUAUCAUCAGAGAGUCGCUUCUUGCGUGAAACGGCCUUUGACUCCGGAUGUCACGCAGAGUGUUGAUGACGAGUGCUCAGACGAGAGCUGUGGGGAGAUGGUGGACUUCACCACCGACUGGACUGAUGAGGAGAAAUCCUUCUUUGUUCAGGCCGUGUCGUCUUAUGGCAAGGACUUUGCGAUGAUCUCUCAGUGUCUUAGAACGAGAUCCGUCGAGCAGUGUAAGAUAUUCUUUAGCAAGGCUCGGAAGUGCCUAGGGUUGGACCGUGUUACCCCUGGCCCUGGCAAUGCUGCUGUUUGUGGUGGUGGUGAUGUUGAUGGAGGUGAUGGCAGUAGUGACCCAGAAGAUGAUUGUGUUGUGCAGAUUGGGUCGGUUACUGCUAAUGACGACUCGGAGUGUAAAAUGGAGGUGGAUCCUCCCGAAAAGUGCAGCCGUGAAUCUGAUAUGCCUGGAACAAGCGAGUCGAAGCCUGAUUUUAAUAAAACUUGUGUGGAAAGUAGUCAAGCGCCCAUCGACUCUGUUGUUGCUGAACCCGUCUCGAAGGAUUUGUCGAUGGGUGAUGAUAUUCCUGUCGAUGAUAAGCAAGUUGUGGAUUUCAAUGUGGACAGUAAAGAACAGAGUUGUGUUGCUGGGGCAUUUACACCCGAGCUUGACGUGAAAACCUCGGUUGUAUCCACUACUAUUGUUGAAUCAGUAAGAGUUGGAGAAGGAAGUGACCAUGGUCAGCCAAAUGGUGGUUCUAGUGAUGCUGAUAAUGAUAACAAGGGUUUGUCCAAGGUCUCUAAUGGGAAUCAUAUGGAAGAUAAUGAAGGACACGAGCUCAUCGUGUCCGAUGAUAAUUUGGAAAAUAGGAAGGUUGAGGAUGUGGGUGCAAAUUCUACUGAGCUGAAUGUUGUAAGGUGUACACCAGUUGAGGUGAAGGCUGAAAAUGUCUCUCAUCCUUCUGUUAAUUCACAUUCAGUGAGCCAAAAUCACCCGUUGGAGCAGAAUGGGCACCUUGAAUCUAUGGACUCAUCAACACUGUUCUCUGUUCCCAUUAAGUAUCAAAGGCACCCUGAUGGUCUACCCGAUGUGUGUGCGAAUGGGACCAGCCAAAAUCAUCCUCAGAAGCUUUCUGUUACAGGUGAUUGUCAGCCGCAUAUCUCAAGUCACUCGCUUUCAGAUUCUGUCGAGCCUUCCCAUAUUCUCAGGGGCUACCCUGUUUCGGUGCAGAGUCUGAAGGAGUUUAAUGGUGAAGUUAUAAAACAUGUUCCUACACAAAAUGUUCCUAUGAGGGAUGGUAAACUGAAUUUAGACCUGCACGCAGAUUUUUCCCUUAGGAAGUGUUCUACUGAGUUGAAAAGUCAGAUUGAAAACGUGCCUUUUCCACCACCCCAACUACCAAUGAGGAAUCAUCAUCAUUCGGGACCCCAAUCAGGCUGCUCGCCUGAUUUGGACAAGCCCCAGCAGCCUUCAAAGAAUGGGGAUGUGAAGUUGUUUGGUAAAAUCUUGAUAUCAUCCCAGGAGAAAAAAACCAGUUCUUGCGAUCACGAUGUUAGUAGUAACCAUAAUAACGGCCAUCAUCAUCAUCACCAGCAGCCACUGGCCUUGAAAUUCAGUGGCGAUGACAAUGCUGUUGUUAAUUUAGAUUCUUUUCAGUCUAAGGUUGGUUGCAACAGUUAUCUCACCUCCUCUGAGAAUAACAAUAGUAUUCCUUUCAAAAGUUUCAGCUGUUGGGAUGAGAACCGAACAACACAGCCCACAAUAUUCCCUUCUUUGCCCGAUUCUACUCUUUUGUUGGCCAAAUACCCCACAGCUUUCCACAAUCAUUCUACUCCAACUUUGAAAUUUGACCAGAAUGACCAUCAUCCAUUUUUCCAAGCAAGAGAAAUGAACAACGGGUUAUCAUCAGAUUACCAGCUGUUGAUAAACCGGGAUUUGCAGCAGCCUUUUACCAUGGAUAAUAAUAUGAAGCAAUCACAAGAUGUGUUGUUCUCAGGGAUGCAAAGAAGAAACGGGUUUGGUUUGGUGCAGGGACUGCAACAGCAACAGCAAGCAGCAAGAUCGAUGGUUGGAGGCCAGUGUUCUUCGGGUAUUUCAGAUCCCGUCACAGCAAUUAAACUGCAUUAUGCAAAGGCUCAGAGUAUAACUGUGCAGGCUGGGAAUGUAAUUAGAGAGGAGGAUACUUGGAGGAGUAAUGGAGAUGUAGGCAGGGGAAAAAGGGUUCUGUUGACUGAUUUGGUGGAGAAAGUAUAA